UCAUUGGCGUUGGAUUGGCGCGUAUUUUGUAUUUUCGUCGCGUCGCACUGUGAAAUUAUCAAUAAAAUUCUAUUACUCGCCGGCUGAAUGUGCCCGUGUCUGUGAAAUUGUGAAUUACUGCAUUGUAUUGUGCUACGCCGGCCGGCUCUAUCAGCCGUUAAUACUUUACAUUAUAAUCAGUAUUACACACUGCGUUAUCGUACAUAGCGUACAAGAUUAUUUUUAUUUCACUAGAUGAAUUAGCCUGGAAAUAUGUCUCGGCUAAGCAUAGUGAUAUUCGGCGCAACGGGCUUCACGGGCAAGCACGCCGUCAAGGAGCUAGCACGUGUGGGCAAGACUGACGCCACUCUCACGUGGGGUAUCGCGGGACGGUCCAAAGACAGGCUGCAGAAGAUUCUAGACGAAACCUCGAAAACUACUGGUGAUGACUUAUCAUCGGUCAAGAUCAUAAUAGCCGACGUUGGGGACGAGAAGUCGCUGAAGGAGAUGUGCGCGCAAGCCAACGUGCUGGUGAACUGCUGCGGCCCCUACCGGCACUACGGCGAGCCGGUGGUCAGAGCCGCUAUAGACGCCAAGACGCAUUACGUGGACGUCAGUGGAGAGCCGCAGUUCAUAGAAACAAUGCAACUGGAGUAUGACGCGAUGGCACGCGACGCGGGCAUCUUCAUCAUCAGCGCGUGCGGCUUCGACAGCAUCCCCAACGACAUGGGCGUCAUCUAUCUCCAGCAGAAUUUUGGAGGUAUUCUAAACUCGGUAGAGUCAUACUUGAGCACAUCCGCUCCCAAGGGGAGUCGACAGGGAGGCGCUAUCAACUACGGCACGUGGGAAUCCCUCGUCUACGGAUUGGCGCAUUACAACGAAUUGCCAGGUUUACGGAAGAAGUUAUACCCGGAGCGACUGCCAACGUUCAAACCCAAGUUAUUGCCCAGGUCCGUCAUCCACGCGCGAAAAGAUGGGUGGUGCCUUCCAUUCCCGGGCUCUGACGCCUCGGUGGUGUACCGCACGCAGCGACACCUGUAUGAAACUGAGCACAAACGCCCGGUCCAAAUCAAGACAUACGUCAAAUUCCCCACUCUCCUCACCUCCAUAUCCGUCGCAUUUGCCACCAUCGUUCUGUUUAUCCUCACCAAAGUCAGUGUGACGAGGAAUCUACUGCUGAAGUAUCCCAGGUUCUUCUCAUUGGGGCUGGUGGCUAGAGGGCCCAGUGAGGAGGUCACUAAUAAUACCCGGUUCAAGUUUGAGCUGUUUGGAGAGGGAUGGGAGGCUGGCACUGAUGUGGAUUCUACGCCCCCUAAUAAGAAGGUUAAAGCCCAGGUGUCGGGCGUGAACCCCGGCUACGGCGCGACGGUGGUGGCUCUGCUGUACUCCGCGCUCACCAUCCUCAGGGAACGAGACGCCAUGCCCAAAGAGAGCGGCGUGAUGACCACAGGUGUCGCGUUCCGCAACACCAAGCUUAUUCAGCACUUGUGCGAAAAUAACCUCAAAUUCGAGAUUGUUAAUAACAAAUAAAUUCCCGAUACCUAUAAAAAUAUUGUAUAAAAAUAUAUGAAAAACUUGAUUGAUACUUAAGUGCGCUUAUAGUCAUGAGUAGCCCUCGUUAUCUCGUCAUCUUGGAAUUUGUGGUGUUUUGGAAUUAAAAUCUCUACUUACCCAUAUUUUCCACGAUAAUGGUAGGUCCCUACGUCACUCCCCAUAGCUUUUUGGAAAAAGAAGAAGAUAAGGACUGCAGUCGUACUUUUGACAGUUGACACAAAAAGUUAAAAUGGCGCGUGAGAAUUUAUUUUGUACGCAUUAUAUUAUUCCCUGCAAUGCCUCUAAUCGUUUUUGGCAAAUAUGAUUUGUUAAUUGUCAUAUUUAUUUAAAUAUUAAGUAAGUAAUAUUGUCGUAAAAUUGUUUUCUUAAAGUUUAUGAGUGUAUUAGGUACUUAAAAAAUUAAAAGUGUUAUUAAAAUUACACAGGAAGAGUUCCGUACGAUCGUACGGAACUCUUCCUGUGUAAUCCUGAGUCGCACUUGAUCAGCUCUAUUGUAUUCAUAAUAAAUAAUUUUAUUAUUUUAUCUAUCACCAAAAUUGUUAAACCAAAGGGCUUUUAAAAUUAAUCUGUCUAUUUAAUAUUUUAUUAGUAAAAAUAUGAAUGCUAUAACUAUUAAUUUAUUUGAAAGGUUUUUACAAA